AUGCAAGAAAAACAGCGAGAGCAGCAGCAGCAACAGCAGCAGCAGCAACCGCAGCAGCAGCAGCAGCAGCAACAGCAGCAACAGCAACAGCAGCAGCAGCUUGCCAUCAGAGAGCCUGAUAAUUUUUCGACCGUCUUUGCUGCUCGGAGCUGUUUGCUGCCACAUCUAAAAGACACAGCAGCAGCAGCAGCAGCAGCAGCAGCAACAGCAGCAACAAUAUUGGCUGCUGGCAAAAGCAAGAGACACAACUCGCAGCAGCAGAGCCAUGUAAGCACCAACAAGCAGCAGCAGCAGCAGCAGCAGCAGCAGCAGCAGCAGCAGAAGCAGCAGUAUCGGCAGCAGCACAAGCAGUAA